AUGGAAGGUGCUUUUACCCACCUAGGUAACCACCUUGUAUCCGACUCUGCUGCCGCCAUCAACGCUGGUGACGAUGAUCUCUCUACUCUUGAUCCCGAUGAGAGCCUUCUCUAUGGAAAGUACAGCGGCCGUGGCGGACUAGGUACCGCAAGGCGAAGAAAUGACGACGACGAUAACGAAACCGAGGCUUUUGACGACGAUGAUAACGAGAGCGUAGCUAGCGUUCCUGUUGGAGCUAUGAAGGCUCUGAACCUUAAGGUCCCUGAAGAAGACAAGAAACUACCCCCACAUGCUUGCGCGUAUUGCGGUAUCCAUUCUCCUGGCUCGGUAGUGAAGUGCCUCGCCUGUAAUAAGUGGUUUUGUAGCGCUCGAGGAAAUGCAAGCUCUUCGCAUAUUGUCAACCACUUAGUUCGAGCUCGACACAAAGAAGUACAACUUCAUCCUCAGUCCACGCUUGGCGACACGACCCUCGAAUGCUAUAAUUGUGGCACGAAGAACGUUUUCCUCCUUGGAUUUAUCCCUGCGAAAUCAGAUACUGUCGUCGUCCUGCUUUGCCGUCAGCCAUGUGCCGCCACGCCCUCCUCGAAGGACAUGAGCUGGGAUACUUCCAGAUGGCAGCCUUUGAUUGAGGACCGUAGUUUUCUCCCGUGGCUUGUGUCGCCGCCUAGCGAUAAUGAGCAGCUCCGUGCUCGACAUCUUACACCUCCCAUGAUUGCCAAGCUGGAAGAGAUGUGGAAAGAAAAUGCUAGUGCUACUAUAGCUGACUUGGAAAAGGCAGCUAGUAUUGAUGACGAUCCGCUUCCAGUUCUUCUCAAGUACGAAGAUCCGUAUCAGUAUCAAAAUAUCUUUGGUCCCCUCGUGAAGAUGGAAUCCGACUACGACAAGAAGUUGAAGGAGGCGCAAUCCGAGGAUGGCCUGGUGGUUCGAUGGGACCUGGGACUUAACAACAAGCAUCUUGCCAGCUUCACGUUCCCGAAGUUAGAAUCUGGCGACGUAAAGCUAGCAGUAGGUGACGAGAUGCGACUCAAGUAUAAGGGCGAGCUUCGACCUCCCUGGGAGGGUGUGGGAUAUGUGGUUAAGAUCCCGAACAACCAAUCUGACGAAGUUACUCUGGAGCUGCGUAAGACGGGAAAUGAAAAGUCUGUGCCUACUGAAUGCACUCAUAACUUUUCGGCUGAUUAUGUUUGGAAAGCAACAUCUUAUGAUCGCAUGCAGGCUGCUAUGAAGACCUUUGCUGUGGAUGAGAUGAGUGUUUCUGGAUAUAUCUUUCACAAACUACUCGGCCACGAGGUUGCCGUCGCUCCCAUGAAGACUAACCUACCUAAGAAGUUCAGCGUGCCGGGUCUUCCAGAGCUCAACAGCAGCCAGAUUAGUGCUAUCAAGAACGUCCUACUUACCCCCCUCAGUCUCAUCCAAGGGCCCCCUGGAACUGGCAAGACGGUCACAUCGGCAACCAUUAUUUAUCACUUAGCGAAGAUGAACAAUGGCCAAGUUCUCGUAUGCGCACCAUCCAACGUGGCCGUGGACCAGCUCUGUGAACGAAUCAAUCUCACGGGGUUGAAGGUUGUGCGCCUUACAGCAAAGUCUCGUGAAGACGUUGAGUCUUCUGUUAGCUUUCUUGCGCUACACGAACAAGUGCGCAUGCUUGACACUAAUCCCGAUCUGAUGAAACUCUCCCAGCUCAAAAACGAACUCGGCGAACUUUCAAGCCAGGAUGAGAAGAAAUUCAAGCAGUUGACCCGUGCUGCUGAGCGCGAGAUUCUUAACAAUGCGGACGUAGUCUGUUGCACAUGUGUUGGAGCAGGGGACCCGCGCUUGGCUAAGAUGAAAUUUCGCAAUGUCCUUAUUGAUGAAUCUACACAAUCCGCCGAACCCGAGUGUAUGAUUCCUCUUGUUCUCGGUUGCAAGCAGGUCGUGCUCGUCGGUGACCACAAGCAGCUUGGGCCGGUGAUCAUGAACAAGAAAGCCGCCAAGGCUGGUCUAAACCAAUCGCUCUUUGAACGUCUCGUCCGACUUGGUUUCACACCUAUUCGGCUUAAUAUCCAGUACCGAAUGCAUCCUUGUCUUUCCGAAUUCCCAUCGAACAUGUUUUAUGAGGGCUCUCUCCAGAACGGUGUUUCUGCUCCCAAUCGGAUCCGCAAGGAUGUCGACUUUCCUUGGCCGGUUGCUGAAAUGCCUAUGAUGUUUUGGUCUAACCUGGGCAAUGAAGAGAUCUCUGCGUCUGGAACUUCGUACCUCAAUCGAACCGAAGCUUCCAAUGUGGAAAAGAUCGUGACGCGAUUCUUCAAAGCUGGCGUACGACCUUCUGAUAUUGGUGUUAUUACCCCGUACGAAGGUCAGCGUAGCUAUAUUGUUACUACGAUGCAGAAUACGGGUACUUUCAAGAAGGAGUCCUACAAGGAGGUCGAGGUUGCCUCGGUCGAUGCUUUCCAGGGCCGUGAAAAGGACUUCAUCGUCCUAUCCUGUGUACGAUCCAAUGACAACCAAGGCAUUGGUUUCCUUUCUGAUCCCCGCCGAAUGAACGUCGCCCUGACCCGUGCGAAGUAUGGACUCGUUAUUAUCGGCAAUCCGAAAGUCUUGUCCAAACACGAACUUUGGCACCACCUUCUGGUGCACUUUAAGGAACGUAAAUGUCUCGUCGAGGGUCCUCUAACUAAUUUGCAGACAUCUUUGCUCCAGUUUAGCCGGCCGAAGAACACUUAUCGCCCCCGUCCUCAGCAAGUUGCACACGUUUCUAGCGGAUUUUCCAACGGUCGCUCGGCUGGAUACAAUGGCCAUAACGCCAACCAAGACUUUGAGUCGAGUUCGAUGCUUUCUUAUAUUCCUGAUGAUACUUCUAGCCUUCACAGUUCAGCCCUUGGUGGUGCCGGAAUUGGUAAUACUGCUUUUCCAACGAUGUUUUCCAACUUCAAUUCUGAACAAUGGCCUGGUCUCCCAGGAUUUAAUGCGACACCAGGUGGUCGCGUAGGAAGUAAGAGCAGGGGCCGAGGGACAGAGAGCAUUGCUGGUGAAAGCGUCGCGACUUCGGAAUAUACUGAUGGCACUGCUAGCGUUAUUGGUAGCAAGGGUGUAGGACAGGGUGGCGCCAGUCUUGGCGCCGGGCUUCCUGAUGCACUUCGUUCUCGACCUACAUCCUACACCCAGAGCGAUCGGCUGAAGCAACAUGUUACAGAGGGCUCCGGUUUUCCUGCUUAUUCGAAUGGCUUCCGUCGCCGAUAUGAUGACGACGAGAAGUCAGUCAGCACCGCCUUUGCUAGUCAAAUUGGCGGUGGAUUUGAGUGA